CGUCGUUAGCCUUUGGCGAUCUGCCACUAUUACUGACCCUCUGGCCCCAUCCACGGUCGCGUCGCUUUUUCAAAACCCUCUUUGCUACAUGCCGGUCGCUCGAAUUUCUUCGCAUAUAUUUACACUUGCUGGAACAGACCGCUCAGCGACGCGUCGACACAUGCGCUCUGGCUUGCGUGCGGAUCGCCCCUUGACGUCAAGUGUCUGAGUACCAACAGACGAUUUGGAACGCGAUCGAUCGCUACCCCUACCCACAGUACGGCCCUUGCUCGAGCUACGUUAUAUACAACAUGUAUUCGGACUCCGAGUCCGACAGCAAACGCCCAAAUGGCGUGGCCAUUGAUGGCAUUGGGACGCCCAUUGAACCGUCGACACCCCAAGAAGUCGGCCCCUACGAGCUCUCGCAGGUCACACUACCCUCCACCGAGGUGCCAGCAUCACCCGUCAACGACGCGAACGACUCAUUCCGGACCGAGGUCAACGAUGACAGAGCGGCCACAACCAUCAUCCGUUCCUCGCUGACCCCACCACCCUCGACCCAAGUUGGGCCUUCCGGCAGCAGCCACGUCAAUGGUAACAGCCGACGCGCUAGACAGCCCAUCACACAGUCCCAGGAGUCAAAUCUCGUAUCACCCCCUGCUACGAUUCUCAACAAUGUGCGCGAGAGGGACAUUACGGACUUUGUGCCGCCCUCGCCCCGACAGGUGCGCGAGAGCUCGGCAGAUGAACUUCGAGCCAUGCUCCAGACCUGCAUUGCAGACCACCAGAAGCUGAAGAUGGAGACGGCCCACCACAGAUUGCAGUACAACUUGCUGAGCCUUCAGGCAUCGGAAGACGCGAACAGGGCUGAUGUGGAGCUGGACAUGCUACGCAAGGAGAUUGACGCCCUUCGGACGGCCGAACACUCACGACAGGCAAAGCGUGAGCUCAGUGCCUUCUCAGAGGCUGUGCAGACAAAGUUCAUUGAGCUCAAGGCGGCUCACGAAGAGGCGCUGCUGGAGAUCGAAGCGCUGGAGCGCCGACUGAAGAAUGCAAAGAGGAUCAUCGGACAGAAAGAUGAGGAGGUCAUGUCCCUCAUCGAGGAGAGGCAUCAGCUACUCAACCGUAUAAGGGAGAAUCGUGAGCACAUGAACAAGCUGAGGAGUCCAGGGGGGAUCUUUCAUGGAGCGACGACACCUCGCCAGAAUCCAGCAUCGCCGGUACAGAGCCGCAGCGCCCACCGCGGUGGCCAGCGCGGCGGUCUCGAGCGAGACGACAGCGGCAGCAACAACAACAAACUGACCACACUUUUGGAGGUACUCAGCCAGGACAACAACAGCGCGCCCUCGACCCCGUUUUUGCCGAACCGGUCCAACUCGCGUCACGGCGGGAAACACCAGCGGAAUGCACAGUCCAUGUCGUCCUUGCCCACCACGCCCAUGCACCGGCCGCGUGGCCCCUAUGCUGGGCUGCUGCCCUCGGCCAACCUGGUUCCCCAGACAGAGCCCUAUAACCACCGGUAUGCCCCAAGACUAUAUGAUCGUGGAUCGCCGACCCCCAGAACUGAGCGCAGGAAAUCCAGGGAGAGCACGAUUUCAGCCGACGACAACGAGGAGCUAGCGCGACAAGCUAUACGGUCCUUCACUUCCGCGGGGGCGCUCGCCGGGAGCCAGGUGAGUCGUGGCGAGGACGGCUCCGACGCCUACGGAAGCCAGGCCAGCCUGGCGGCGACGGAGAUGCUACGACGUGAGCCCCGCGACAGCUACGAGAUGCGGCAGGCCCUGUCCCGCGACGGGACGCCCAGCGCCGUGGAGCAGUCUGCGCGACUGCAGUCCAAACUCUUCUCCAAUGUGAGAAAUGACGGGGACAAGCGCAAGUAUGGCAGCAGCCAGGAGACUAUCGAAGAGCCACGACUAGAGCAAGGAAGCCCACCCAAGAGGAGCCGGAUGGAGAGCGGUUCGACGGCACAGAACCGCAUGGGAUUGGGCAUUCAAUACGGUCGAUGAGCGAUGGCGCAGGCCGUGUGAGUGAAAUGACUUGACGAUGUACAUGAACUGAAACCUGCUAUGUAGUAGGUCCCCGGGUAAAAUGGGACGCCAGAAUGGGAAGGAUAUGCCACAUUUGACGUCUUUGUCCUGAUUAUUGCCGGUCGCCUUUCUUUAGCUCCAAAGCUUGGC